GAUCGGGUAGCGACAUCCCCUAAACUGUCUCGUGAUCUGAAGGGCGCUGCGACGAUCCCCCAUCAUGACGCAAUCGAAGAGAUCCUGGCUGAAGGGGAAUCACCUUGUUUGACUGUAUUUUUUAUGUUUGGCGUAUGAUAUACAUUUUAGCAGGAGGAGUGCACACGCUGCAACAUGUGGAGAAUCCAAGGGCUUAUAGGCAGAGUCUCCACUGCCUUAAAUCGGUCUCAAGGAGUAAAUUCCCUUCGCAUUACACAAGGGCACCAUGUUGAGGAUGACUUGCUGAGCCCUUCAACCUUGCUGUCUGUGGGGCUGAAGCCAGAGGACAGUUCAUCAGGCUCGGGAAAAGGAAAAAAUAAGGAAAGAAAGCAGGAGAGGACAUUCCAGUAUUUUUCUGUGCAGUCCUCACGUUGUUCUGCACUGGAUGCUGUUGGCUUGAGUGCCGCAGCCGCUCUUUUCCUGCACUUAGUAAGAAGAAUUCACUUCCAGUUCUCCAGUGCCAAAGAAAAAACUGAACCCAGCAUAUUGUUUUCUUCCAAAUGUGGAUACAAAAUCUUCACAAGAAUCUUGACUGGUCAGAAAGUUCUACCUCACGCAAGAAAUGCAAAUUGCCUUCAAGAUCUGGAAAAUCAAGCCUCCGAUUCUGACCGAACACAUCACAAUGAAGGCAACCACUCGUCCACGCACAACACCACCACCACGCAGGCUACAGUUUUACUCCACGACUUGUCAGGUGCAGACGCUGUUUUGAGCACCGAGUCGGUGGAAACUGAAACUUGUAAUGCCGUGGGGGAUCAAGCAGAACAAAUAAAGGGGGCUCCAGCACCAGAUGAAAAGCUGAGUGAAGCAAUAAGCAAUUUGCAACAUACCACAGAAGCAAGUAUUCCUGUUAUCUUAAACAUCAUAGGCCUAAAAAGUGCAAAUGCAGGAGACUACCAGGCAGCAUUCUCCUGUUUCCGCAUGGCUGCCAGCCAGGGUUAUAGCAAAGCACAAUUCAAUGUUGGCGUGUGUUAUGAAAAAGGAAAAGGAGUACAAAAGAACAUCGAAAAGGCUGCUUUAUAUUUUAAAUGGGCUGCUGCUUCUGGACACAUCCAAGCACAGUACAGAUAUGCAAAAUAUAUUUUAAAUAGCAAACAUUUAAUGCAGGCUGAGGACGUCCAAGAAGCCAUUAGCCUGCUAAAGCAAGCAGCUGAAUCGGGUCUUAAAGAGGCCCAGGCUUAUUUGGGAGUACUGUAUGCUCAAGAGCCCCAUGUAGACAAAAGAAAAGCUGUUGGAUAUCUGAUGCUGGCUGCACAGAAAGGGGACUCACAAAGCCUACUAAAUUUGGGCCAGUGUUACAAAAACGGCUUUGGAGUGAAGAAAUGUAAUGCAACUGCCAUUGAACUGUACCAGCAGGCUGCAGAGGCUGGGAAUCCUCAUGCUGUGCAAAUACUACAUGACAUCUAUCAAAAAAUAAAAGAAGAGUGUACGAUCCCUGAAGAUGUGGUUUUAAGGAAGAAUCAGUCUUCCCCUUGUUUCUCAAACAUCACUUCGUUCUGGUUUGACACACAGAGUCUCGCCACACCUGAUCCACACCACAGAACAAUCCUGCCUCGCUCGUGGAGCACUGGACAAUUUCUGUUGUCACCAGUGUUGUAUUCCAGGUCAAGCAACUCCCCGGUGGCCUUUGAAACCAGAAAAGUGCUUGGAAAUGCAAGGUGGCAGGUGACGGACCAGAGAGUUCAUAGCAGUUGGACAAUAGGGGGAGUUGCAUAAUUUGAAGUGGCUCCUCAUGCUUGAGUAUAUGUGAACAUGUAAACCAUAGUUCUGAUGUUAUGGUCCUUGAGAUCCUCAGUAGUUGCAGGUUUUUAUUCCAACCAGGUCUAUAAUUGGAUGCCGGGCCUAAUGGAUAGUAUUUAAUGAUAUGGCUUGUUAGUGCUUUCAUUCUUCCAAGUCAAUAUUUGUAUAUUUUUGUGUUUUCCGAGAACUUUAUCCAUAUGGAUCCAUUGUGGUCCACCUCUCACUCUCUCUCAUUUAUUUCAAGACAUUUUAAUAACACAGAUACUUUGUGAUGACUUACACAAGUUUAAAUGCAAUCACGUUAGCUGGAGAGCUGGUGGCUACUUUCCCCAUUUGCACCUCAUGGUUAUCUGAUGGCUGGAGAAGAAAACCGGCAACGAUUAAACUAAAGUGGAACAUUAAGGGUUCUGAAUUAUAACAAGCAAGAUAACUUCACUUAAACUAAGGCCCAAAAAAAUCAUUGCUUUAUUAGUAAAAAAAAAAAUAAUGAGACAGGUUUUAAUUAAGAGACUAGUUCACGUGAAAACCUGCAGCCGCUGUGGUCCUCCAGGACCGUAAUUGAAUACCCACAUUUUGUGAGUUUUAUAAACCUUGUCACGUUUUAAGCACUUAACCAUUUUAUCUGCUGUUGAGAUGCACAAAGUGCAUGUCAUAGAUUCUAAAAAAGGAUUUAAAGCAGUAAACCAAGCUUCUUCUGUCAAAGGCAGGAAGAUUAAUAUUUAAAUGUUGCAUGGCGUGAGCCAGAUGAAUAAUGUUUACAUAUCCAGAUUCUAAGGAAAGCUUUUGUUGUUUUUUAUGUGCCUUUUAUAUCAAGUACGAGCUGUAUAUACCCAGCGUUGCCCGGGGCAGAAGUAACCUAAUCGGUCAAAGACUUACAUAUAUACCAAAGUAAACCUAAUCGGUCAAACAGCUUCAUAUAUACAGAAGCGAACCUAAUUGGUCAAACAGUUAUGCAUGUGCAGAAUGAUUUUACAAACAUUAUGCGUGUUAACAAUCAUUAAAAAGAAAAGAUUGAGGAACUGUUCUUCUAUAUGUGAUGAAGCCACUAAUAAGACAGAUUUUUUUCAGGACCCAGCUGUUUCAUAACUAAACUACUGCCACCCCAAAGUAAUGCCUAAUAGUGGUUUUUGGGGUAGCUGUGGAAUAAAAAGGGUGUUUUUUAGUCAGUAAGAAUCUGACACUACCCUUCAGUACGGGCUGAAGGGUGCCUAUGUAAGGUUUUACAUCCUUCCCGUAUGGAAAAAAAAAACAUAGUAAACUUUUUUUUAUCGUUACAGAUAAUCUCAGUCAAAUCGAAGUACGCAUUCUCAAUUUAUUUGUAUCUAAUUUUUACUUUUUCACAAAGCCAUCCCAUGCCAAUUUGUAUGAAUAAACUUUUGCUAGAGAGUUAGCAAAAGUUUAUUCAUGCACAUAUUUUAAUACGGAUAAUCUAUCUCUAAUCAAGGUUCUCAUUUUCAUUGUAAUUUAAAAUAAUAAUAGAUACUCAUUUUUUUCUUCUGUUUUAGAAAAACCAAUCUAUGCCACCUACAUCUUCGUCAAGUCAGCUUCAUCCAGCUUCAUCACAUAUAGAAGAAGAGUUCCUCAAUCUUUUCUUUUUAAUGAUUGUUAUACACACACAUACAUAAACACACACAUAAGACUUACUGAGUGAAACGGGCUUUCAUUGACAAUCAUGUUACGUUAUUUUGAAAAUGUUUCCUUUUUUUUUUCAUAACCUCUUUAACACACUACUUCUCCGCUGCGAAGCGCGGGUAUUUUGCUAGUAUAUAUAUAUAUAUAUACAUAUACACACAUACAUGCAGUUUUAAUAACACAGAAAUCAAUAUAAACAUUAACAUCAUUAUCAUAUGAGAAUAUGAAGUAAUAUAUAAGAAGCACAUUUCAUAUAAAUAUAAAUAAUUAAACAGUAAAAUCUUCUUCUGUAAUUUGCUACCGUGGCAAUUUGUGUGUCUGUCCAGGAUUUUAAAUGACCUGUAGCUCGCAAACCGUUGCACCUAUACACUUGAAAUGUGGUACACAUAUAGUACGUCACGUCUACUAUCCGCUUUAUGGGUGAUGAUUGUUUUAGUCUUUUUAUGUUUAUUUUAUUUUAUUGUAGAAUCAACUCGUAUCUGCGCACACCAGGGCGGCCGUGGGCGGAUGCGUAUGGUGUAUUCACUCCAUGUUAUCGUGCAUUGCGCUGUCACUGGUAUUUUGAUAAAAGAAUUUGAACAACAUAUAAGAAGCGUAUAAAUUAUUAAACAGUAAAACAUUAACAUUUAAGAAGUAAAGUUAGAUUAAGUACUACUGCAGUGCCUUCGGGUAUACCUCAUUUUUUGUUUGCCCAUUACAUGCUUAAAUGUAUACAUUUUUUGGUGCACCUACCCGAGAACACGCGACAUAUAACCGAGCGUGGGAGAAGCAUGGAUUUUAAACACGCGUUGAGUUGAUGUGCUGGUCUCCCUCGUGAAAUAACUGGUAAUGUUUGACUAAAAUCUACAGCGAGUAAAACGACAUUAGCUCCUAUUUUUUUUUUUACGAUCUCUGAGAUGUUGCUUUUUUAGGUUCAAGGCUUCAUAAGCUCUUUUAUGUUGUAUGGUGUACUUAUCCCAAACCAUCAUCUUUGAAUGUUGCAAGACUUUCGCCUUGUAUGUAGAUCGGGGUAAUUACAUUCAUUGCAUUCCUAGUCUGAAUCACAAUGUGAUUGUAUGGGUGGUUACCUGGCACUGUAGGGUUGCCACCCGUCCUUUAAAAUACGGAAUCGUGCCGCGUUUGAGAAUGAAAUUGCGCGUCCCGUUUUGAAUCAAUACUGGACGGGAUUUAUCCCGUAUUUUUUUUAUCAUUUUUUUUUUAAAGCAGCGUCUCAUGCAAAUCAUCCCACACGCAUUUUAUGAAGAUGCCUCCUUUCCUACUUUUGAUUGGGUAAUACUUGAUGUCAUCGUUAGUUUGAUUGGUGUUUUUAACUGUCCACUGAGUAGGGCGUGUCUUUCAACCAUAAGCAGAUUUUUUGCACUGGUAUCACUGACCUCGACGACGGCGACGUUAUUCGUCAAAAAUAAAUUACGAUAAAUGACGAUUUUAGCGAUACUUUAUUACGACGGCGGCUACAUAGACAGGAUCAAAUAAAAACAAAAAAAUCAAAUAAUCAUUCUACAUUUUCAAAACGACGGAAUGAAAAAAAGGCCCACCCGACGACCCACCCAUUCCAUUUUUAUAUAUAUAGAUAAGUUUAUUAAAUUCAACCUGUGGACAUGGCUUCCUGAUCUAGAAUGGCACCCCACCUCGACCAGGACACGUUCUGCCCAACCGCACUUGACCCUGAGUUGGAUUAAUGUUUGCAUCUUCGUGGUUGUAACCACUAAAGAAGUAAGCUUGCAAUUCAUUUGUGUCAGUUGCUCACUUUUA